AUGCUAUUGUCAGUAACGAGCAGAAGGGAGGAUCCUUUUGGAAGAGAAUUGAGCUCUACUUCAAUUCAAGCGCCCCAGCUCACUGGCUCAGUUCCUAGAGAAUGGAGUCAGUGUAAGCCGAGGUGGGGAAGGGUGAACGAGCAGGUGUGCAAGUUCGUGGGGAGUUAUGAGGCGGCAUUGAAGGAGCAAUCUAGUGGUCAAAAUGAGAAUGAUGUCAUGAAGGCUGCCACAGACAUCUUCUUUAAUGAUUACCAUUGCCAAGUUUGCCAUGGAACACUGUUGGAGGGAACUGAGAUAUAUCAGAAAUGGAAGUCAUACUCCAAGACCAGAGAUGCCUGGAAGGAGAAAAGGAAGGAGAAUGAAGAGGUCACGGGGAUUGUCAUCAUGUCUGGAUCACGGGUUGCUAUGUCUGAUGUUGCUGGCUCAACGAAGAAAUGGUCACGGAAGGUGCGGCCUAUCUGCACUUCAAAAAUGCACUUCAGCGAUACGAAUGUUGGCAUAUGGAAAGCCGGAGAUGCGAAUGACGAAUAUCUCCGACUUGCGGCAAGUACUGCACUUUUAUGUUUGGAAAAUUUCACGGAUGCGAUAAUACUAUUGUUUGGAGGUGAGUAUCUAAGAAGACCUACACCAGAAGAUCUUCAAAGACUACUUGACGCUGGGAGAGGCACGCGGGUUUCGGAUAUGAUAGGCAGCAUCGAUUGUAUGCAUUGGGAGUGGAAAAACUGCCCAACGGCUUGA